AUGUUAGGACAAUUAUUACAAUUAACUUCUCGUUAUUUUGGUCCAGGUGCUACAGUCGUUCGAUGGAUUGUUUUUCCAAUUGCCUGUGUUGUUGGUACUUGUGGUUAUUUUGUAGAGACUAAAUAUUUGAAGAAGGAUAAAAAGUUUGAAUAUUUGGAUAAAUCGAGAAUUGAUGAAAGAAUGCAGAGACAAUUAAAGGAAGAAUUUGAGACAAAAAUAAAUUAA